CUGAUUUUAACCCACCAACCGCAAUGGUCAUGUCAGUCAUGGGUGAUGUGAACUCUCAUGAGGAGGGACGGCAGUCCACAGAGGAAGACAUCCCUCACUCACCGCAGCGCGGACCAAAGGGGCGAUAUACCGACGUCCAAAGGCUCAACUACACCACUGUUGAGAGUAUCAACUUCAACAGGGACCAUAAGCAUAAGCAGGCCCAACGAUCACUCUCACUACCGGCUAUCUCAGUUGGGGACCAUGGUUUAGGUCAAGCGUCGGCCAAUCAGUCUUCAGGAACUAGUGUGGAUCAGAGCGGUCAACUUAUUAGAGAUGUGUCUCAGACCAGACCUCGUUUCAUGAGUGUCCAAGAAGCGUUAAAGGAAGACGAGUGGAGCUGUAACAUCAACACACCGUCGGUUUGUGGCGAGGCUGAUGGUAAACCACAUGAGUACACAACCUUUGGUGUUGUAGAUGCUUUCCCUGAACAGGUACUUUCCAGAGAGAACCAGUUUGAACCCGCUCUGGCCGGUCCGUAUCACCAGAUCGAAGCUAACCAGUAUGAAUUGGCAUCGGAAACUCCUUACAGUGCAGCAUCACAGUUUAAAGAAGAGGACAGUGUUUUUCCAAAUGCUGCCAUUGAUGAAGAUGGAGGUUUUCCCAUUGGAGGUUUGAAGGAGCAAGAUGUCUUGGAAGUGUUGCAGGCUCUUGGAGCUGACACCGAUGAGGAUCCGUUUGACAGUCCUCUCUCCUCAUUACCCAACGAGUCUGAGAUGUUCAAGGCAGAGCAAUCAUUGACCACAGAAGCCGAGCUACGUGAUCUUCACGUCAACGACAACGAGCUGCGAUUCUUAGAGAAGGCACUGGAUGUUGAGGGCAGUCACAUGCAGGAAGUAGCCAAUCACUGCGAGGCUUUGCCAGCAUCCAUGCUGCUACCGUCAGAGCCACGAAGCUGGGAGCCACACGACGUGUUCCGUGACAGAACCAUGCUGCCUGGCUCUGGCCAAGAUAGUGAGAUGCAGCCUGAGGUGACCUUCGAGACCCCGGCUCGUGCCCCGGUCACCCCAUCGCACCCAGCAGCCAAUCAGGAAGCUUGGGAUAUCCUACGACAGCUGGACGAGGAAGAACGUUGGACUGACCGUGUGCAGGUCGUCACUCGUCAGGACCACGAGGAGUACACACAGUUUGCUCGUGAAUUCCUGGAGGAAAUCAUUGAGAAUUUGCCAUUCAGAGAGUCACCAGUGUCCCCAGCAGUGCUUGGAGAAGUCACCUCGUCCUCUGAAGAAUCUGCUCCAGCUGGAGGAGAUAAAGCAGUAGACUCUGGAAGUUUCUUGGAAAUACAGAGGGAGGAAGAACAGAAAGAGAACCUGCCUCCACCUGCUCCAGAGCAGACCUCCAAAAUGGAGGAAGCUAUCCCUAAGACAGGGAAAAGCAUCUACGAGAUGAGCGAAGAAGACGUGAAGAAUAUGAAUCCUUUCAAGACAGGGUCCGGUCUGCAGAACUCGCCCCCGCUGCCGGCUAGCAAGAAGUCACCCGCACCAGAGUUUAAUUACGAUGGCAUCAAGGACCCGUUUGGGUCGUCCAGUAAAAUGCAAAACUCACCCAAAAGGUCGCCGCAGAACGCCGUCCACAACACAAGUGAUGAGAUAAACUUUGACGACGUUCAGGAUCCUUUUGCACCUAAGAAUCAAAUGCACAACUCUCCUCUUGCGUCGCCCAAGCAUACGACCAAUGAUAAGAGUUCUGAUUUGCUCUUCGAUGAUGACAUAGACCCCUUCAAGUCCAAGAACCAAGUUCCAAAUUCACCUCAAAUUUCUCCCCAAAAUGCUGCAAACAACAACAGCUCGGAUAUCAAUUUCGAUGAGAUCACAGACCCGUUUGCUACCACAAGACAAAUUCCAAAUUCCCCUAAGACGUUGCCCAGGAACAUGGUGGAUGAUGUGUCGAAUUCAGAGGUCAACUACGGUGAAAUUCAAGACCCAUUUUCCUCCAAGAAAACACUGCCGAAUUCCCCUGAUGCCUCGCCUAAGAAUGCCACCAGGAAAGCAAGAUCAACACCGAAGAGCCGCACCCCGAACAAAUCAUCUAAGAAGUCUCCGUCGCCAAAAUCUAGUCCGUCUAACUCCUCAGUCAGCAAGAGUAACGAUUCCCUGACUGCUGAAGGCGACAGCGGUGAUGGCCUGACAGCUCAGAAACCCACGCUUGAAGUCACGCCAUUACCCAGAGAAGACGACAUGGGGGUUUACCCUGAGACGAGCAAGACGGACAAGAACUAUGAACAGUUUAUGGCAUCCGAGGAGUUUGUACUAGCCCCUGAAGAAGUUGAGAAAUCAUCAGGAGUCAAUCAGGGUGACCAGCUGGGAGAUGAGGACUUCAGACCAGCCGAAGAAGGCCUUUCUGUACGAGGCCUACAAAGGGAUAUUAGCUUUGAGGAGAUGGAAUUCCGCUUAGCGGAGGAAGCUGUCGCUCGUGGUCACAGCCAGCUCCUUGCAUUCACCAGACUUCAUGGCCUUUCCUUCUCAGAAGUGUUUGCCAGUGCAGAUCCCGCUGCAUUCGACGUCGACUUCCUGGAAAAGGCUGGCGGCUCGAGUACGUUUCAGGAGUCGGCACUCGCAAGGCAGUCACUCUAUGUGAAGUUUGACCCGUUAGUCAAUGCACCUGCUGGUGGUGGUGGUCCUAAGAGUUUACUACCAACUGUCUCAGAACCCAUGAUACAGGAGGAUGACGAGGACCUCCUACAAAUGCAAACUCCGCCCAUUAUAGGGAGCACCAGACAAGCAUCCAAGAUGCGAGAGAAAGCUAUGAUGCAGGGUGCUGGCAAGGCUAACGCUGAGGGGCGGGGCAAUGUAACGGAGGGGGUGGAUAGCCUACUUGCAUUCAGCCCUCCUAGAAAUCAGGAAUCUCAGGGUACUGAUGACGUGGAUGGUGAUGAACCCAAGCCAUCUCCUUCAUUAGGUCUUGAAGCAGAGGAUGAAGGAAUAGUUCAGCUUUUACGGUACUCACAAGCGGACUUGGAUGCUGCAAUCAAGGAAGCUAUCAAAACCGUACAGAAACAGAACAACAAGGAAAUCAGCCAGUACAAGAAGAAACUUGAAGAAAAAGAGCAAACGAUUGCAGCGCAUAAUGCUAAGCAACAGGAAACUGAUAAAACCACUGAAAACCUCAGUGCCCUGGUGACACAAUAUGAGAAAGCAAUGCAACAGAUGAUGGGUGAUAUCAACAAAGCCAAAGACACUUCUCAAGAAUCGGUAGCAAGUAUCGUGAAAGAGAAAGAGCAAGCGUUGGAAGAUCUGGCCUCGGUGGAGAAUGCCUUCAGUGAUCUGCAUCGACGAUACGAGAAACUCAAACAGACGGUGGAGAGCUAUAAAAAGAAUGAAGAAGUUCUGAAGAAGUGUGUGGCUGAUUACCAGGCCAAACUCAAGAAACAAGAGCAGAGAUACCAGACAUUGAAAACACAUGCAGAGGAGAAGAUUGAAAAGGCCAACAGUCAGAUUGAGUUGGUCAAGAAGAGUUAUGAAGGUGAGCUGGGUGCACUACAAGCCGCUGUCAAGAGGGAGACCAUGAAGGUGGAUAGCAUGGAGCAGACUAUCGAACAGAAGACGAAAGAGAACGCGGAGCUGACCAAUAUCUGUGAUGAACUCAUUGCCAAGAUUGCUGAUAAUAAAUAAAAGCCGUCGAAAUUGACCAUCAGAUAUAAACAUUAACAGCUAGUGGGGCAGCGACGUGCACAGUUGACGUACAGUGACGUAUCAGACUUGGAGCAAGUGUUGCUGGCAACUUUCUCCACUCACCUCUUGAUGCAGGGGACAAUGUACUGGCAAAAUCUCAUCACAUUGAUUAAGAUUCCUCCACCAACCUUUUUCUAAUUAUGAGAAUUGUCUACAUCAUUGUUAAUUUCUACAUCUCUCCUCAUUUCAUGCGGAACCUUUACUUUAAAAUUUCACCAGGAAGGGUUUUGGACGGCACUAAAGUUUGUCAAUGCCUGUCCAAACCUUAUAUCACCAUAGAUUGAAAGUAUAGUCAUACGGAUGUUAUCCAGCCAUUUAACAUAUUUUCCUGCACAAAUGUUGAUAAGUCACAUUUUUAAUACAUGUACCUUAACCCAUUAGUACUUGUACUACAUUGUAUUACAUUGUGUUUAUUCACUGAAGAAUCAAUGAAACCAUAGAGUGCUAGGAGGUUUCAGGCACUAUGGGCGCUACAGUGACAAAAGGGUUGAGCACAUUAAGAUCCCUGAAGAAGUUCAGGAUUUCUACAUGUGACAGCUGAAAAUUGAUGACAGUCCUACUUUAUCUUGUUCCAGUUCUCAUUUGAUUCACCCUUUUGAGUACCGUUGUCACAUGAAAAUCCGACUCCUAUGAAAAUCGGACCCCUUUUUCCCUUUUAUUGGUUAAUCCCUCGCACGUGACAGG